AUGUUGUCUCAAACCCAAAAACCUGAACCUCUUGCAUAAGACGUUUAACUGUGAGCCAUAACACCAGUCCAUGGAGGGACGAUGAGGCUGUGGGUGCUGUUGCUGCUUCUGUAUUUCCACCUUGGUAAUGCGCCCUGGACUGAAGGCUCUUGCUCUCUCCCCCUCAGCAGUGGUUGGUAUUUCACUCCCUGCACCAUCCAACGUCUCCAUCUCCUCCUUCAACAUGGAGCAUUCAAUCAGCUUCCUGCCAGGGCCCAGGACCCCCUCUGGCACCCUCUUCACCAUCCAAGUCAUCUGCCACAGGAAGAAGUCAUGGACACCAGUGAGGAGUUGUGUGGACCUGACGGCUGGACAGGUGUGCAAUCUAACCAGAGAGUUCAAGGACCCGUACAGUCACUACAAAGCCCGCGUCCAGGCCUUCACGCCCACCCAGACAUCCAGCUGGACUGAAUCAGGCUGGUUCCAGCCUCUGUCAGACACUGUGUUGGGACCUCCCCAUGUGUCUGUGUCAGGCUGUGGGAACUGUUUGAUCCUGCAGCUCAGAGUUCCUGAAACAAGGGGGCUCCAUCAGGACCUGCAACUGAUGGACCUCUACAGAGGAGUCAUUUUCCAUGUGCAAAGGACCAGGGACGGGGCACAGUUCAGACUGAACCUGCCCUACAGUGAGGAGACUGUGAUCACGUACCUGCAGCCAGGUGUAGAGUACUGUGUGACCGUCUCUGUGAGAACGCUCUUCAGCUCCAGCUCUGUCUCCAGUAAACCUUAUUGUGCCUUCACCAGCCCUCCUCCACCCAGAAGCUCAUUGCAUGUGGUCUUCGGCCUGCUGGGUGCUUUCUGUAUGCUGGGAUUCCUCCUCUUUGGAUUGGUUGUUUACCGUCAUCAGCUGAGCUCCGAGUUCCUGAGACAAUGCCGAUCCAGAACUCUGUCAUACACAGAUACACAAUAAAAGCUCUACCAGCUGCCUCCUGACUGCCCACAGCCCGAUUCAACCACUGAGGAGCAACUCUGAGGGGGGAGUGGAAGACAUUUCCAGUGAAAGUGUUCCAGGAGGGAUAGGACUGAGGUCAAGACCAGAAGAGCAUAUUUAGGCCGAGUUAAU